AUUCCACACUCAAGCCAGUGAUGUUCCUUCAACUGCUCGGUCUACUUUUAGCCCUCGCGAUUGCGUGUUUCGCAUGGAUCAAGCGUCGGUACCAGUUUUGGAAGGAUCGUUCCGUCGCCUACAUCGAACCACGCUUCCCGUUCGGUAACUUUGCUACCCUCGGGAAGGUGGAACACAUCGCACCUAUCACCCAACGCCAUUACGAUCACUUCCGGAGGUUAAACGUGCCGUACGGUGGGGUUUUCAUGCUGACCGCUCCACUGCUCUACAUCUUCGACACGAAGCUGAUCAAGACGCUGCUGGUGAAAGAUUUCCACUACUUCCCGAACCGUGGCGUGUACUUUAACGAGCGUGAUGAUCCACUGUCGGCGCACAUGUUCGCCAUUGAGGGACAAAAAUGGCGCACGCUGAGGGCCAAACUGUCGCCCACGUUUACUUCGGGCCGCAUUAAGAUGACGCUGCCGCUGGUGAUGGAAGUGUGCCAGCGGUUCUGCGACCAUGUCCACCAGUCGCUGCAAACGUCCAGUGAGAUCGAAGUCCAUGAUCUACUUUCGCGCUACACGAUCGAUGUGAUAGGUGCGUGCGCGUUUGGCAUCGAGUGUAACAGCUUCCGGGACCCCGAUAACGAGUUCCGCCGGUAUGGAAAGAUCGCGUUCGAUAAGCUGCGCCAUUCGCCGCUGGUUGUGUACCUGAUGAAGGCGUUCCGUAAGCACGCGAACGCGUUGGGCAUGAAGCAGCUGCACGAUGACGUUUCCAGCUUCUUCAUGCGCGUGGUCAAGGACACGGUCGAGUAUCGCGAACGCGAACAGAUCGUGCGGAACGAUUUUAUGGACCUGUUGCUGAAGCUUAAAAACACGGGAAGGCUCGAGAGUGGUGGUGAAGAGAUCGGCCACAUAACGUUUGAGGAGAUUGCCGCACAGGCGUUUAUAUUCUUCACCGCAGGUUAUGACACUUCGUCCACCGCCAUGUCUUACACGCUGUACGAGUUGGCGUUAAACCCGGAGGCGCAAGAAAAGGCUCGACAGUGCGUAAAGGAGACGCUACAGAAAUAUGACGGGCGGCUAACGUACGAAGCUGUGUCCGAUAUGAGCUAUCUCGAGCAGUGCAUAAAUGAGACACUACGCAAACAUCCACCUGUAGCGAUACUGGAGCGUAACGCCGAUAAGGACUACCAACUGCCAGACAGUGGACUGGUACUGCGCCGUGGUCAGAAGAUCAUGGUACCGAUCUUCGCCAUGCAUCACGAUCCGACACACUUUCCCGAUCCGGAACAAUAUCGUCCGGAACGGUUUUCACCGGAGGAGGUCGCUAAGCGUGAUCCGUACUGUUAUCUGCCGUUUGGGGAAGGUCCACGCAUCUGUAUCGGUAUGCGGUUCGGUUCGAUACAGGCAAAGGUGGGUUUGGCGAGUUUGUUGGAUCGCUUCCGGUUCAGUGCGUGCGAUAGGACGCAGAUACCGGUACAGUACUCGCGCACCAACUUUAUUCUUGGACCGGCAAACGGUGUUUGGUUGAGAGCGGAAGAGCUUUAGGGAGCGUUCCAGGGACUUUCGUAGGAUAUGUCGGAGAUUCCAGUAGAAUUAAGUAUUUUAGAAAUAAAUGGACAAAAAGGUCAAGUUCAGACUCAAGAUCAGUACAGACUCUCAGAAGUCAGAACUUCAGAAACAGGCCAGUUAUCUUGAGGCCUUAUCUUGAUACUCCUCUAUAUUCACGAGAGAUAAUGAUAAGAAUGUUCUUGACAAAUUACAUCAACAAAGUUGUGAUCUGUCAGAUCAUCUACAUCUCCGAGUUCAGUUGAGGCACAAAAAACAUAACAAAAUGUCCCUAAUUCUUAA